CGUAGUGAGAAAACAAUCAUGGCGGUUGUCAUCUGACUGAAGUUUUGAUGGGACUAACUUUUUAAACUGCUAUGUUUCUCGCACGUCUCUUGGCUUAUUUCUCGGAGUUGUAUCGGCUAGCUUUUCUCACGUUACUGGACAUCAGAUGAAAGCAGACAUUAGAUGUAAAAUGACAGUGACGGCGGUGCGUUAGCCGGGCUGCUGCUGGUGUCUUACCUCAACAAGUCCUCCAGUUAAACUGGAGUCUGGGUCUCGCGGGAUUUUAACAAAGUUUAAUUCACCAAAGUGAGUUUUGUUCAGGUUAGGAAGAAGGUGGUUCAUAUCAAAAUGCUUCGUUUUCUCCGGUACUGUAUCAGUCACUGCCUCCACGCAGCCAUGACCCGACUGGAGGAGGUCAACGGGGAGGUGACCAUGUGGUCCUCGGUUCGGUGGCUCGGCUACCUGUCCGGUCUGAACAUGCUCCUGGGCCUCUGUUUGGGUCUGUAUGCGCGCUGGGAGGUGACAGCUGACUCCUUUCUUCUUGUUGUGUUUGUCUUGGCUCUGUUCGUCCUCGGAACAGCAUGUGUGUUGUACUACUUCAACAUGGAGCGGGUCAGUCUGAGUCUCCUGCACCUGUGGUUCGGUUUCCUGUUGGGGCUGCUGAGCUUCCUCAACCCGCCCACCCUGGACGUCAAGGGGCGGGUGGCCAACUACCUGCUGCUGGCCAGCGUGGCUCUGAGGACGUUGUGGGGGCUGGUGGAGCGGCUGCUCGGCUGCACCAGGUACCGACCCGCCUUCCUCACCUCCGCGGAGCGCCUGGAGCUGAUUGGCUUUGCCGCAGCCAGCACGGCGCUGCUCAUCAAGGAGUCCUUCAGCGUCAUGGUGCUGCUCGUGGCUCUUGCUACGGUCAUGAUCACCCUGAGGACCAAGGCUCUCAUGGCCAUCCCCAGCUUCUCCUGCUUCACAGUGAUCACCGCUGAUUGUUUCUUUAAGACCCUGAGCAUCAGCACCAACCCGUUCGCUCUCGCCUGCUUCUUCAGCCAGCUCAUCUGCGACCCCCUGCUGGAUUUCUACUUCAGCGGCCUUUCUGUCACCGAGCGCUGGCGGUCCUUCCUGGUGUCCAGUGGUCUGAGGCGUCGCCUGUCCCUUCUCCCUCUGCUGGUGGUCGAGGUGGCCUUCAUCGCCCUAUCAUCUCAGAGGUUCACGGACUUGGGCCAGUGGUACCUGGUGAUCCCGGGCUUUGUGGCGUGUGUGCUCUUCUGGGCCAUCUGCCACAUGGUGUUUGUGAUCACAGUGUGGGGCUUUCACACCAAGCUCAGUGACUGCCAGAGACUGUGUUGGACCCAGGGCCCAGAAGACUCCAGCCUGGAGAAAAUAAUGGCCUCUAAGGGCAUGAGACAUUUCUGCCUCAUUUCUGUGCGCCUGGUGACCUUCGCUUUGGUGUCCACUGUUGCCAUGGCUAUUUUUUGCUGGCAGGAGUCCAGAGGUAUCUUCAUCAGUACGGUUCUGCUCAUCCUGCCCCUGGAGUCUCUGUUUCAUGGACUCUUCUACGAGCUUGGGAACAGUCUGGGCGGAACCUGCGUGGGCUAUGCAGUGGUCAUCCCCACUAACUUCUGCAGUCCCGACGGUCAGCCGCUGCUGCUGCCGCCGGACCAGGUGCAUGAGCUGAACAAGCGCUCCACAAGCAUGCUGAGCAGCGUGCAGCGUUUCUUCGCCUACCACCUGAUCGAGAACUUUGGUUGCGACUACUCCACGAGCGGUGUGACCCUUGAGGCUCUGCAGGCAAAGAUCAAGUCCUUCUUGGAGCUCCGCACGGCAGACGGGCCUCGCCACGACACAUACGUGAUCUUCUACAGUGGCCACAUGCACCGUAGUGGAGAGUGGGCCCUGGCAGGUGGAGAUGUUCUCCGCCUGGAUCAGCUCUUGGAGUGGUGGAGGGAGAAAAACGGCAGUUUCUGCUCACGCCUCAUCGUCGUGCUCGAUUGUGAAAACUCGUUGCCCUGGGUGAAGGAGGUCAGGCGCGUGGAGGGACUUUACAUGGCCGUGCAGGGAGCGUCACUCGCUCGGGUGGUUGACGCUGAGCAGCAGGAGCCCCCGCAGCUCGGAGACUUCACCGCUCAGUGGGUGGACUACAACUGCAACCCCAACAGCAGCGUCCGGUGGUCCGAUAGGGGCAGGGCGGUCUCCGCCGCCUAUGGCGUCUCCAAGCAUUGGAGCGACUACACUCUGCAUCUGCCAACAGGAAGUGAUGUCACCAACCACUGGAGCAUGUACUUCCCUCGACUGACCUACCCGGUGGUCCAGCUGGCACUGUGGUGCGGCGGCCUGAACUUGCUCUGGAUCUGCAGCUUCUGUCUACGGUACCUGAGGAGAGUCAAACUGAACUGGUUCCCACCAGCUGUACUGGAUACUGAGCAGGGCUUCAAACUGGUCAGAUCAUAGGAGAAGCAAAGGCUGCUUUUAUUUGUACAAAACAAUGUUUGGCAGCUACUCGGCACCAACCAGCAUCCUUUCAGUUACUGAAACAGAAAUCGUUCUGGUUUAAAGGUUAUUCUGUUAAAUGUCUUUUUUUUUUUACAUGUUUUUUGGAAGAAAAAAAGUCUGUUAAGAUCAAACUGGUCACUCCCUGAUUUUAGACUGAGCACACGUCUUUUGCACAUUUUCUCCUUGGAUCUGACUCCAACUUGAAUUUUUAUGCAUUCACAUGUUGCCUUUUACCUAAAAGCAUCAAACUUGUUCAGCUGGUUUUUAAUAUUGAACCAAAGUGAGAUAAUUUCUAUUUCUCAGGCGUUUGUUUUUAAUGGAUCGCUAUUUUCAAUGAAAUGAUUCCAAUUCUACUUUUUGUUUUUUGUUCCUGCUUAGCUGAUAAAAUACAGUUCAGUUUUUCUGUCUGCAAACAUCUUUUCAAUUUUAAGUUGUUAAACCCUCUUUAGCUGCUUCAGAAAUCCCUGCAUGGCUUUGAACAGUAGAUGUGUGCACUAUAAGGAGAUAUGCAGUACUUUCAAUAAACCAAAGGAAGAUUUAAUGUUCUGUGAAUUCUUAGUUGACUGGGCUAUGCAAGGUUUUGUUAUUUUUAGAAUCAGUUUAACAUGUUUAAAAGUGAUUAGUGGUGAGAAAGCAGAUAAGACUGAUUACACUAUGCAAUAAAAGAUAAGUGGAAAUGUA